AGCGGCACUGCCGGCCAAUUGGAAGGCGCUAUGUUACGUCAUGGCGGAGGGGUUCCCGGAAGUUUGUGUAUGGCGGCCGGCUAACGGGAGGGGGAGCGCAAUUCAGUAGCAUCCUUCCUCAGGGCGAAAAGCUGGAGAACCGGGGCAGUACUGUAGCUAGUGCAGGCACCCUGUAAUACCCUACCAACUCCCGGUGUGUCCAUCCUAAAGCGGUCUCCUUUCUGUCUCAGGAGCAAACAUGCAGUCCCCGUUCAUACUUUGCUUCUUCUUCUCCCUUGCCCUAUCCAGCGCUCUGGCACAGGCAUCAAGCAAGGGAGUCACAGCAAGCUUAGCUGCAAAGUGGCCAGGGAGCCCGUUCUUACUGGAGGCCAGUGAGUUUAUAGCCGAAGAAGGAAAUGAUAAAUUCUGGCAGUUUUUAGCAACCGUGCAGGAACUGACAAUUUAUAAGAACAAAGAUACAGAAUAUUCUUACUACACCCUGAUUUUAAAGAAAGCAGCCCAGUUCCUGUCAGAUCUGCAGAUUGCACUGCUUAAAUUUGCUUUUUCUAUAAGAGCAUAUUCUCCAACAAUCCAGAUGUUUCAACAGAUUGCAGCUGAUGAGCCCCCUCCGGAAGGUUGCAGUGCAUUUGUCGCUGUCCAUGGGAUGCACACCUGUAAACCAAGUCAGAUUAAGAAACUCCUCAAAGAGGCAUCUGAGAGAUCAAGACCUUACCUUUACAAAAUGGAUCACACAUUUCCAACUCUGAGCAAGACUGCGCCAGUAGUAAUUCUGUAUGCAGAGGUGGGCACAAAGGAGUUUGCUAAAUUUCAUAAAACACUGGCUGAAAAAGCAGAAAGUGGUGAAAUAAUCUAUGUACUUAGGCACUACAUACAGCAUCCAGGUACAAGGAAGAUGCUCUUAUCUGGCUAUGGAGUAGAACUUGCCAUAAAAAACACAGAGUACAAGGCAAUGGAUGACACACAAGUUGAAGCAAACAACUCCUCACCAACGUCCGAUGAAGGAAUUGCUGAAGAGGUUCAAGGAUUUUAUUUUGACAAAUUAAUGCAAAUGUAUCCAGAUCUGAAAGAGAAUCUAGCAGAGUUUCGAAAGCAUCUUAUUGAAAGUACUAAUGAAAUGGUGCCUUUGAAAGUUUGGGAGUUACAGGAUCUGAGCUUUCAAGCAGCAUCUAAAAUAGUAUCUACACCUGUAUAUGAAGCACUGAAAGUCUUAAGAGACAUGAGCCAAAACUUUCCUAUCAAAGCAAGGUCCCUAACCAAAGUUGCAUUAAAUCAGGAAAUGAAAAAGGAGAUUGAAGAAAACCAAAAGCAUUUGUCAGAAACAUUUGGAAUUCAUCCUGGGGAUGCAAGCCUUUAUAUAAAUGGUCUUCACAUUGAUUUGGAUGUUCAUAAUUCAUUCAGCAUUUUGGAAACCCUUGGAACAGAAGGGAAAACCCUAAAUGGCCUUUCUGCUUUGGGGAUAAAAAAUGAGGAUCUUGGUAAUUAUUUAAGGAUACAAGUUCACUCUAGUGAUGAGAACUAUGCUUUGGAUAUCCGACAUUCCUCAAUAACAUGGAUCAAUGAUAUUGAGACAGAUCACAUGUAUUCCCCAUGGCCAUCGAGUGUCCAGGAGCUACUAAGGCCAGCAUUCCCUGGAGUAAUUCGCCCUAUUAGACGGAACUUCUUUAAUCUGGUUUUGUUUGUGGACCCUGUUCAAGAGAAUGCAGCUGAUUAUUUGAAGCUUGCAGAAUUAUUUUACAGACACAAUGUUCCUCUAAGGAUUGGAUUUGUCUUUGUUAUAAACUCUGAUGAAAAAGUCAACACUGGGGAGGAUGCAGGUGCAGCCUUCUUGCAGGCAUUUAACUACAUUGCAGAGGAAUCUGAUAGCGCUCAAGCAUUUUCUUUCAUCAUAAAUAUGUAUAAUAAAGUAAAUGAUGGGGAAACCCUUACUGUAGACAUAAUAAAGUCUGUCUUGAAGCAUGAUCUUCCGAAGGUGGAUGUUGACGAAGUUAUGGGUUUACACUCUGAAAAUAACAACAAAAUAAAGGCAGGAGCAACCUUUUAUAAGAAGAGUGGUCUGGGUCCAUUGCCUCAAGUUCUAUUUAAUGGUGUGCCCUUUAACAGUGAAGAGAUGGAUAUUGAAGAGAUGGAGACUGUUAUUCUCCAGAAAAUCUUAGAUGCCACAGGGUUUUUUCAGAGGGCAGUGUUCAUGGGUCUUCUCUCAGACCAGUUUGAUGCUGUGGAUUUUCUGAUGGAUCAGCCUAAUGUGGUUUCAAGAAUGAAUCCUUCUAUACUUACCAGUGAAAAGAAUUAUAUUAAUUUUAUUUCACCAUCAGUUGCACCAAAAUAUACUUUAAAUGACUUUGAUACCUUUUCCUUCCUGGACUUACAAGACAAGAGUGCUGUCAUUGCAGAAAACAUGAAGUAUUUAACUAAAGAAGAUGAGGAUGUAAUUCAUGCAGUCACCAUCUGGAUUAUUGCUGAUUUUGACAAGCCAGCUGGGAGACAACUGCUAUCUACAGCUUUAAAACACCUGAAAAAGACAAGCAUAUCAAGGCUUGGAAUAUUAAACAACCCCACUAUUAAAAUAAUCGAGGAGAACACACUUAUAUCCAGAGCUUUGUGGGCAGCUCUUCUUACUCAGAAAAAUCAGAAUAUGUUCAAGCUUCUUAAAAGACUUUCAAAGGAGGAAACUGCAGAAGCCCUUUUCAAUGGAAAAAAAAUAAAGGAGUUCCUUGCACCAGAAAUUGAUGAUGAUGCAUUUGAGAAAAAAUAUAAUACAAUAGGAUUAGAUAUGCUUCGUACUCAGGAACUAUAUUGUCGAGAGGUUCUUAAAUUGCUUCCUGGGCAGAUGGCUACAGUCAGUAAUGGACGGCUCUUGACUUCCACUGACGGAGAUGAAUUUAGCGAGGAUGAUUUUCAUUUACUAGAGAAGGUUACAUAUUCUACCUCUGCAGAGAAGAUUAAGAACCUUGUUAAGAAGACAACAACACUGUCAAAUAGUGCUGCUAGCAAUUUGGUGAUGAAGGUGGAUUCACUUCUCUCAUCUGUGCCCAAAGGGGAGUCGAGACAAGAUGUUACCCUCAUAAAACAGAAACAUAGUUUGGUGAAAGUUGAGCCACAAGAUGAUGGACCAUUCUUUGAUGUGAUGGCCAUAGUUGAUCCUCUUUCAAGAGAAGCUCAGAUGAUGUCUCAUUUUCUUAUUGUACUUGGUCGAUUAAUAAAUAUGAAAUUGAGCAUGUUCAUGAAUUGUAAACCCAAAUUAUCAGAAAUGCCUUUAAAAAGUUUUUACAGACUUGUCCUUGAACCAGAAGUGACAUUCCUAAGAAAUAAUAGCCUUUCUAUGGGACCAUCUGCAAAAUUCUUAGAUAUGCCAGAAUCUCCUCUGCUCACUCUGAACAUGAUUACUCCUGAAAGCUGGAUUGUGGAAGCUGUUCAGAGUUCAUGCGAUCUGGAUAAUAUUCAUCUUCAAGAUAUAGAUGGGAUUGUUACAGCAAAUUAUGAGCUGGAAUAUUUAUUACUGGAAGGCCACUGCUUUGACGUGACUACAGGACAACCACCCAGGGGACUGCAGUUCACUUUAGGCGUGAAAAAUGAUCCUGUUAUGGUUGAUACUAUUGUUAUGGCUAAUUUGGGGUAUUUCCAGCUAAAAGCAAAUCCAGGUGCUUGGACGUUACGACUGCGUGAAGGAAGAUCAGAAGAGAUUUACCAUAUAUUUUCGCACAUGGGCACCGAUUCCCCAUCAGAUCAAGUAGAGAUUAUUGUCGUACUGAAUAAUUUCAACAGUAAAAUAAUCAAAGUGCAUGUGCAAAAGAAACCAGAUCAAAUGCAUGCAGAUCUUCUUAGCAGCGAGUCUGAGGAGAAAUCUGGUUUGUGGAAUUCACUUAUGAGUUUCACAGGGGCAGGAAAUUCUGAAGACAAAGAAAAGAAACAUGAUGUUUUAAAUAUUUUUUCUGUUGCUUCUGGACAUUUGUAUGAACGCUUUCUAAGAAUUAUGAUGCUUUCAGUUCUACGGAAUACCAAAACACCUGUGAAGUUUUGGUUUUUAAAAAACUAUCUGUCGCCCAAGUUUAAGGAAAUCAUUCCCUUUAUGGCUGAGAAGUAUGGAUUCCAGUAUGAACUGGUGCAGUACAAAUGGCCUCGGUGGCUUCACCAGCAGACUGAAAAACAACGAAUUAUAUGGGGUUAUAAAAUCCUUUUCUUGGAUGUACUCUUUCCACUUGCAGUGGAUAAAAUUAUCUUUGUUGAUGCUGACCAGAUUGUCAGAGCAGAUUUGAACGAACUACGUGAGUUUAACCUUGGAGGAGCUCCAUAUGGCUACACUCCUUUUUGUGACAGUCGUAAAGAGAUGGACGGGUAUCGUUUCUGGAAAUCUGGCUAUUGGGCGUCACAUCUGGGGCACAGAAAAUACCACAUCAGUGCAUUAUAUGUUGUUGACCUGAAAAAGUUCCGAAAAAUUGCUGCAGGAGACAGACUUCGUGGGCAGUACCAGGCUCUCAGCCAAGAUCCAAACAGCUUGUCCAACCUGGAUCAGGAUUUACCAAACAACAUGAUACAUCAAGUAGCCAUUAAAUCUCUUCCACAAGAAUGGCUGUGGUGUGAGACGUGGUGUGACGACAAGUCCAAGGAGAAAGCUAAAACAAUUGAUUUGUGCAACAAUCCCAAAACUAAAGAACCAAAAUUGAAAGCUGCAGCCCGGAUAGUCCCUGAAUGGACACAGUAUGACACAGAAAUAAGGCAGCUGCUGAAACACAUUGAAGAGGAGAGUAGGAAUAUAACGGCGUCCUCUGUAAAUGGCUUGAAACACGAUGAACUUUAGCGCCGUGCCGUAUCCAGGGAACAGUGGCGCUUACUUUAUCUUUCUGCAAAGACCUUUAAGGGAACAAAAAAAAAAAAAAAAAUCGUUACAAAAGGACAUUGUUUCAUUGGUUGUGAUGGAACGUUCCACAUGAAUUAUUUGCCUAACAAGCUGAGGAAGAAAAUCAUUGGCAGGUUCAGCGGAGCUAUUUCAUACGGAGCCGGUCAUUCAUCUUUUUCUACUUCCAUGUUGGCUCUGGCUGGAAUUGUGUAAAGUGGGGAUUGUGCGGAGCUGCUACACACUCUGUUUUUAGUUUCACAGACUAAAGUCAAUGUACCAUCUGAUUUCUACAUCAGGAGUGAUAUUUUCCCUGCGUUUUGCUUUAAAUGUGCUGAGAAAUCUUUGCUUGUUCCAAAGUCAAGGAGAUUUCUCUUCACAGUGGGGGAAGAACAGACAGGCCAAUUUUUAGAAUGGGAUUGAUAUUGUACAUUAUUACUUUUAUAUGUGUACAGCAGUCUCAGUGUCGGCAUGUCCCCCGCCCCAUUUUUAUACAUACGGCCCUCUGCUUCUUACACAACAUUCCUGAGGUUUUGGGGUUCAGGCGCAAUGUAUAAUGGCAGCAUUUGUUUCUUUUCUCAUGUAAGUGGCAAGUAUUGUAUAUAUUGUUCUUAACAUGGCUACAUUUGUUAUUUAUAAGGUCUGAAAACAUGGCACUGAAGGGCAAGUCUCCAAAGUGUCUCUAUAAAGGGGUCUUCAUGCUUUUCCAUUUUAGAGCUUUUGUUUUCUGCUCUGCUGGCUGUACCCACUUAAAGGAAUUUGUCACGUCAAACUCCAUCUCAAGGGACAGUCUCUGCUUUGUCUCUCUUUCUCUGAAAAUGUGCUUGUUUUUUUAAAAUGGGCCAACUCAGUCAUUCAGUGAUUAUUUGUUAAAAAUAUGUGUAUAAAAGACAGUUAUGUUGCUGUAACCAUGACGAUUAAACACGUCCUAUAGGGGAGGGGGGUGUGUCUUCUUUUAGCCCAGCUCUUCUAUGGUCCAAUGGCAGUGACUGUAGAAGUGGUUUUUCAACUAGUGGCAGCUAUGUAUGAUACUGAAUCAAUGGAAAUAAACAAACACACACUUUAUUUACAUUCCUCAC